GCGCGCGCCGAUUCCAAAUUAUUCAUAGCCAAGAAUUAAUUCAAAAACAUUUAAAAUAUUUCUGUUUUAACGGCGUAGUGACAUAUUAUUUGAUUUUUUAAAACCAGUUUUGAUUUUGACGUUUAUAUUUUUUUUUAUAAUGAAGGAAUUAAACGGAGUAUCAUGUGAAAAGAAGCUGGGCAGGCGCCAGGCUGUGCCUGUCAUCUUCGUGCAGGGAAACCACUAUGAAGUUGGAUAUGAUGUCGGCCGCAACUUCGCAUCCAUCAUCAAGAGUUUCCUCGCCACGUACGAGAAUUUAAGGGACUUCGAGAAGGAGUACAAGACGGACCCUGGCAGGAUUGCUUAUGACAAGACCUUGGCCAACAUGAAGAAGAAGUUCCCCUACUAUGUGAAGGAGAUUCAGGGAGUCGCUGAUGGCGCUGGAGUGCCUUUCCAUCAGCUGUUCCUGCUGCAGAUGGACGAUCUGAUCGGCAACGUGAACGACAACCACAUCCCGCGCAACGACACCGGGGGCUGCAGCUCCAUCGCUUUCAAAAACCCUCAUGCUACAUUACUGGGCCACACUGAAGACGCCUUCAGUGAGACUCUGAAUCACUUCUACAUCAUGGUGGCACACAUCACGCCGGCUCCCGAAGAUGUAAAAGCUGGAGCAGUAGAGGAGAGGUUCGCAUCACUCUGCUACGCUGGACAGAUGCCAGGGUACACCAUGGGCUACAACGAGAACGGGCUGGUCUUCUCCAUCAACACCCUCAGCCCAUUGAUCCUCAAGCAUGGAAACACACCAAGGACAUUCAUCACCCGUGCCAUGCUGAGAGCCAAGAACUUCGGCGAAAUAGAACAGAUUCUUCGCGACGAGGGUCUGGGCAUCGGCAACGGGUUCUCCGUGAACAUGAUCUGGACGAACUCCUGGGGUGACAGACAGAUCUACAACGUGGAAGUCUCUCCGGACCUGAAGGGAGACAGGUCACAGCUGAACAUACAGAAGUAUGACAAGGAGCCUCUGGUGCAUUGUAACAAGUACCAGCGAACGAACUUGACAGAAGUAACAGGGAGGAUUAUAGACAGCAGCGUGGCUCGUCUCCGGGUCAUCCACUCGUACCCCGCCCCCCGCAGCCGCUCUGAUGUCGCCAACAUGCUGUCGGACACCACCGACCCUGAGUUCAAGGUCUUUCAGGAACACCCCGAGGAUGUCAUCAAGACUAUUGCUGCUGGUAUUUUCGACCUGGACAAGCGUACCUGGAGCAUUUACAUCAACCAGCCCAAGAACUCCGAGCCAGUCGCCGUUCUACCUAUUACCUUCACUUCUUUAGACUAUUAGUAUAGGUACGAUUGCACUUUACAGCAGCUUUCUAGUAAAAUCUACCUAAUAUUUAAUGUUGAGAACAACGCCAUCUUUCAGUUUAUGUGAGAACUAAAACACUCUGAUAACAAAACUAUCGUAGACCCACCGGGCCAACUGUGCAAUGUAAAUCUUAUUUUACUCACCAGUUGGCGCCACUGAGUAAAGUCUGAGGUCCGAUAAAAUAUUCUCAUGUUUGUAAAAAAGUAACAGUCAUUCUCAUAUCUGGGAAUGUGCUAUUAUUUAACUUGAAUCGUUAAAAUCCUUUGAUUUAAAGCUCCCAUUUAUCUUGGUGAAUAUGUCGAAAUGAUAUCACCUAAGCUAAAGCCGGUUGACAUGAACACCCAGCAUGGUGGGUCUAUAAAAUUAUGUGUUUCGUAGUAAAAAUAGAAACAAUAGUACACAGGGUACCUAAACUAUAAUCUAAUCUAAUUUUACUGAUAAAGUACAGUCUAAACUCUUUAUAACAUUACUCUUUUUAACAACCUUCGAACAAGAUGGUGGUAAUUUGUUGGAAAAGAUGGCCGAACCGCGUAGCAAAUCUAAUAAUAUAAGGCGGAAGUAUAGUGAUGUCGAGAAAAUGGUAUCUGAGUACAAAACACUAAAAUCACGCGAAACUCAAGUGGAGUUAAUGCGACUAUAUAAGGGUUACCCAAUCUUAUGUUAUAAUUCUCAUGAAGAUUUUACUAAUCCAACAAAACGCAAGGAGGCGUAUGAAAUGCUUCUUGACGAAUACAAGAAAUUUGAUAAAACUGCAACCGUAGCGGGAAUGCAGCACAAAUUAAAUUGUUUCAAGUCAGCAGCAAAACGAGAAAAGGCCAAGAUGCAGUCACUUGUCCGUAGUGUGGGUCGUUGUGAAUAUGAGCCUCCCCAGUGGUGGUAUCCGUAUUUAAGUUUUCUACACCCAUUUGAAGGCGAACCAAGAGCGCCGAGUCCAGAUUAUUUUUAUUAUAGAAAAGCCAGAGAAGAAAUGGAAAUAGAAAUGAAGAAACAUGGCUUAUUGCCGGAAGAUCAGGAUCAGUCAUCAUCAGAGCAGGAUCCUGAAUUAGCAGACUUAAAUAAGUACUCCGCCGAAGCAUUGGGAAAGACGAUUAGACACCAAAUCCAAGAGUUGGAUUACUCACAACGAGGCAUUGCGGAGAAGUUAAUAGAAGAUACCUAUAUUGUUUUACGCCAAAAUGGAACGACUGACUCAGGAAACUGUAUUGCAAUUAGAAUUAUAGUCUAUAGUUUUUUUUGUUUUAAAUAAGGUUCUAGUUUUAUAUGGAAUUUUGGUGUACUACAAAAUGGCUUUAUGACAGUUUUGUAACGGAUGAGAAUUGACAUAAUUAUCUCUCGACAAAAGUUAUUGCCACGACGAGGUGCGGGAAUUGAAAUAUGUAAUGGUUCUUGUUUACCUGAAGAGUAUAUUUUCAAUAAAUAAGCAAAGGUACCUCAAAAAACAAAAAAAAAAAAGAAUUUAACAAGUCAACGAAAAUAUUUCAUUACCAAUUGAUGAAACAGUUAAAUGACUAUAAUCUACAGAGGUAAAUUAAAUCAGUACCUAAGUAACAAAAUAAUUACUUUACAUUUUCUCUCUAUUUAAAAUCACUUGGUAUAACCAGUAUAACCAUUACCUGCCUAGCCUUUACCCAACACUAAGUAUGUUGGGGUCGGCUUCCAGUCUUAA